UUAUUAUAUGUAUGUGUGUGUUUGUGUGUGUAUAGCAACAGAAAUGCUUGUAUUAAACUGAGAGUAAUGGAACGAUAGAAACCAUUUCCUAAAAUAGAAAAAUGUAGAAAUAUCCCCCGAGGUCACAUAAUAGAAUUUUAUUUACAUUCGUUACUCGCGCUACAUUGCAAAAAUCGUUCACGCAUGCAGUUUAAAGCAUAAAAAGUAAUAAAAUUAUACAAAAAAUAAAAAAAUUGUGCUCGGUAAGUAACGAUCCAUGUAUGCAAAGUGCAAACACGCGAAAUCUAUAAAAUCGUAUCCUUGAGUGUGUGUUAGUGCGCGAAGUGGCCACCCACCCAACCAGUAGAGCAAUGGCAAACAGCUGAGCGCGCGCAAAGUAGUGUGCGGUGUCUCAUUUAUUCCUCUCCUCUUCCUUUCUCCCUCGUCGUCACAGUUGCCGUGCAAGCUUGUAGUGGUUGAGAGAGGCGAAUAGUAUCGUGCUAGCCAUUGCGCGUUGUGUAUCUUCUGUCACAUAACUUCCUGCUGAGUGUAGAAUAUAUUCCAAAAUGUCACAAGUCCAGAAUGCAGAACAGUUUAAAUUGGUACCCAAAAUUGUCAAUGGAGGUAUCGCUGGUAUUAUCGGGGUUUCCGUGGUUUUUCCAUUGGAUCUUGUCAAAACUAGGCUGCAAAAUCAAGUGGUGGGACCUAAAGGAGAAAAGAUGUAUGCUUCAAUGUUUGACUGUUUCAAAAAAACCUACAAAGCCGAAGGGUAUUUAGGAAUGUACAAAGGCUCUGCUGUAAAUAUUUUACUAAUCACUCCUGAGAAAGCCAUAAAACUUACAGCCAAUGAUACAUUCAGACAUUAUUUAUCUACGAGACCUGGAGAGCCAUUGCCUUUGAUACGGGAAAUGAUAGCUGGUGGAUCAGCAGGCGCAUGUCAAAUAGUUAUAACAACUCCAAUGGAAUUGUUAAAAAUACAAAUGCAAGAUGCAGGAAGAGUGGCUGCUGCAGCUAAAGCAAAAUCAGAUGCUAGUGGAGGCCCUCCACCUAAGAAACCAUCUGCUCUUGCUCUAACUCGCGAGCUUCUACAAAAACGAGGGAUUUUAGGUCUAUAUCAAGGUACUGGUGCCACUGCACUCAGAGAUGUCACUUUCUCUGUUAUCUAUUUUCCUCUAUUCGCCAGAUUAAAUAGUCUCGGCCCAAAACGACCUGAUGGAUCUUCCGUGUUUUGGUGCUCAUUUUUAGCAGGCUGUGCUGCUGGUUCUACAGCAGCAUUACUUGUUAAUCCAUUUGAUGUAGUUAAGACUAGACUUCAGGCAAUCAAUAAAGCGCCUGGUGAGCCGACUUAUAAUGGUGUUCUAGAUUGCGUUGGUAAAACUUUGAAGAAUGAAGGAGCCACGGCAUUCUUCAAAGGUGGCGCAUGCAGGAUGAUCGUGAUAGCACCGCUAUUUGGAAUUGCACAAACCGUGUAUUACCUCGGAGUCGCCGAGAAAUUGAUGGGACUCCAGUAAUUAAGAAAGCAAAUAUAAUUUGCUCUAGCUAAUUAAAAGGGCACAAACAAACGCCUACAGCCGAGCGUGUACUCACUCAAUAGUCAAUUGCUCGAUAUGAACGACAAUAAUUUAAUAACCGCUGAAUGCAUCAUCACCAUAAAACAUGUUUUAACCUUCAAAUAUAUAUAAUAGUCAUUAUACAAAGAGAAAGUGUAAUAUGGUACCUGGAUGAAGAAAAAUAUGCCGCAACUAUGUAUGUCAUAAGCACGGAAAAAUGCCGCUCCAAGUGAUACUACUAUUACAUAAAUAUUUAUGGAGUUUUAUUCGAUAGUUAUACUCAAGUGAGAUUUGUGAAGCAUUUAAGCUCGAUAUAUCAAAACAAACUGCCUGUGAAUUUUAGUCGUCUGUUUUUAGACUUCUACCUACCCUGGUUCUUCCACUGAAAUUGCAACGAGUGUGCCAUAUGCCCACACGAAUUAUAUAAGAAGUGCUGCUCUACUAUCUUCUACCCUACAUAAUCAUCUUGUUACACCGUUGUAUUCAGAAGUGUUUAUGUGUGUAUAUAUAUAUAUAUAUAUAUAUAUAUAAUUUAUGAAUUACUGACGAAAGUCUAUCUUACGGCUAUAUGAUUGUAUUAAAUCAGCCGCAAGUUGUUGAAUGUAUUUUAACUUGAACAUAUCACAAUAUUUUUUUGUCAUGUUUAAUUUUUGUAAUCGUUUAC